GUGAAGAAGAACAAAUUUUAUUUUUGCCGAGUGUAAUUGUGAAAUUUAAAAUUUCUAAGUAAAUUAAUGUUUAAAACUAUUAAACAAGCUUCAAAUUAUAAACGCUUUUACGCCAAUAUGUCGCCCGGAUUACCAUUGCAAGAAAUUGUUAAACAAUUGGAAACAUUUGCCCCCUUGAGUUAUGCCGAAAAAUGGGACAAUGUUGGUUUACUGUUGGAGCCCUAUAAUCAAGGUCCCAUCGAAAAAAUCCUUUUAACCAACGAUUUAACGGAACGUGUAAUGCAAGAAGCUGUGGACAAAAAUGCCAAUAUGAUUCUUUCAUAUCAUCCUCCUAUAUUUUCACCAUUUAAGAGAAUAACUCAAAAAACCUGGAAGGAACGUAUUGUUUCAAUAUGUUUGUCUAAAUCAAUUGCCUUGUAUUCACCCCAUACCGCAUGGGAUGCUGCUUUGGGUGGCGUUAAUGAUUGGCUGGCAAGUGCUUUAAAUUGUAAGGAUAUAAAGCCCAUUCAGCCACUUGCCGAUUGUGCUGAUGCAAAUGUUGGCUCUGGACGAACUUUCACAACCAACAUUUCCCUUCAAGAUGCUAUAGCUGCUGUACAAAAACACAUUGGUCUCGAUGUUCAUGUGGCCCAGGCAGUUGAUCAUAACUUAAACACACAAAUCAAAAAAGUUGCUAUAUGUGCCGGUUCCGGUGGUUCAUUGCUGCGUGGCAUUAAGGCCGAUCUGUAUAUAACGGGAGAAAUGUCACAUCAUGAGGUGCUGGAUGCAAAUCACAACAAUGUGUCGGUAAUACUUUGUAAUCAUAGUAAUUCGGAAAGAGGUUUUCUUAAAACAUUUAAACCUAAAUUGGAAGACAUGUUAAAUGGCGGCUGUGAGGUAAUGGUCUCUGAGACAGAUGAGGAUCCCAUAAAAACGUUUGUUAAAACGAAUUAAAUUUAAUUUAAUGAAGAAAAAUAAAAGUGCAUUUCUUUGUCUUUAUAUUUAAAAUAUUUUUUUAUUAAAUAUGGUAUAUGAUGGUUUUUCUAACUAUACUAAUUAUUUUAUUUUGGAAUGUUAUUGAAAUAAUAAAUUAAUAUGAAACAAAAAAACUGUGCUCAAAUACUAACUAACAA